AUUCGUCGUUGUUUUCAUUUCGCGUACCCUCAUACUGAUGAUCCUGUGACGACCUUGCCGUGCCACGGUUCUGGACUCGGAAGUGCUCGGCGGCGUCGCACCACAAUCAGACGGCUCUCGCUCAUGAAUCGCGCAGCUGCCCUGCAUUUCGCACCUGCAGAAGAAGCGAGGGGUGUGAGCUUGGCUUAACGGACCAACGGCAAGGCGUCAGACUCUAGGCGCAUCCGUCCGCUGUCGGCUGUUCGGAGGACAAGAUUAAGCUGCCGGUCCUGCCACUGGAGCGGUUACAGGGUCACAGUGCGGGGGGUGGGAAGAAAGUACGAGACCGGAAGAAAGGCCAGUCGUCAAAAGCCGCAGCCAUCAUACCUAAAAAUGGCGUCCGAAUCAUCUCGUCGCACUAAAUCUCCCUCAUCGCCGACUCUCCAACCCUCCUCUCCUCUCUCCCGCCUCCAGAGUAUCGCAAAACACAUGGCGCCGACGUCAACAACGAGCUUCCCCGCUGAGGUCGUACCUCAGGCCCCCGAGGACCCCCUCUUCGGUCUGAUGCGGGCUUACAGGGCUGAUUCCAGUCCAAACAAGGUUGAUCUGGGAAUUGGCGCGUAUCGUGACGAUAACGCAAAACCCUGGAUUCUACCAGUGGUCAAGAAGGCCGAUGAGAUUUUACGCAACGAUCCGGAAGCCAACCACGAGUACCUUCCGAUCGCCGGCCUCGCAUCGCUAACAAGCAAAGCCGCCGAACUCCUGCUCGGUCAGUCCGCACCGGCCAUCGCCGAGAAGCGCACCGCGUCGGUUCAAACCAUCUCUGGCACCGGUGCCGUCCACCUGGGCGCUCUCUUCCUCGCCAAAUUCUACAAAGUUCAGGGCGCCAACCGCACCGUCUACGUCAGUAACCCGACCUGGGCGAACCACCACCAGAUCUUCACGAAUGUCGGCCUGCCCAUCGCCACUUAUCCGUACUUCAACAAGAACACCAAGGGGCUAGAUAUCGAUGGCAUGAAGGCGGCGCUUGAGCAGGCCCCUGAUGGGAGCAUAAUCCUCCUACAUGCCUGCGCGCACAACCCGACCGGCGUCGACCCUACCCCUGAGCAGUGGCGCGAGAUUGCCCUGCUGAUGAAGGCCAAGAGACACUUCCCCUUCUUCGACACGGCUUACCAGGGCUUCGCUUCGGGAGACCUAGACCGGGACGCCAGCGCCAUCAGGCUGUUUGUCGAGGAGGGCUUCGAGCUGGUGAUUGCCCAGUCUUUUGCCAAAAACUUCGGCCUCUACGGCGAGCGCGCCGGUUGCUUCCACUACGUGGCUUCCCCCUCUGCCGAUGCCGCCAGUGUCACGACGCGCGUGGCCUCGCAGCUGGCCAUUCUGCAGCGCUCGGAGAUCAGCAACCCCCCCAUCUACGGCGCCCGCAUCGCCUCUAUCGUUCUGAACGACCCGGCGCUGUUUGCCGAGUGGCAGGAGAACCUCCGCACCAUGUCGGGCCGCAUUAUUGACAUGCGGAAGAGACUCCGGGCCAAGCUCGAGGAACUCGGCACUCCUGGCCAGUGGAACCAUAUCACGGACCAGAUCGGAAUGUUCAGCUUCACGGGGCUUACCGAGCCUCAGGUGCUCAAGCUGCGGUCCGACUACCACAUUUACAUGACCAAAAACGGGCGCAUCAGCAUGGCUGGUCUGAACUCGAAAAAUGUCGACUACGUCGCAACGGCUAUAGAUAAAGUGGUUCGGGAGGUGCAAUGACUUGGUACACAUGGGUAGCAGCGUCAGUUCCUUAAUGGUGGCGGGGACCGUGAAUUGCUGGGACACAGUGUUGCUUGCAAGGGUUUUAUCUUCGUUUGUGGCGUCGGAGUGGCUCUAGUUGGGCUUUUCGGUCACUCUGGCUCAAGCUAGAGGUGUCAUCAGAGACAAACUUCAUUCAACAUCGGGCACCAUCAUCAAUCGCGGCCACUACUACCAUUAGGCAUCAUAACUUUUCAAAUCCCCCAACGGGGCUACUGUUCGAACUCCCCAG